ACAUUGCUGAAGGGAUGGUUUGGGCAUGUGGAGACUUUCCCUCAUGGCUUGGUUGGGUCUCUGCAUUCUCUUGCCCAGGUAUCAAGUGGAAUUUGUCAACCCCUGACUUACAGGAUGUUUUCUGAAUUAAGUGAAAUAGGAAAUGCCAAGAAAGCUUGCCUGAGGGCAUCACUACCUUUAACACCUAAAGCAAAAAGUGAUCCAGGUGUCAGAGACAGAUCUGUACAAUCAAAUAAACAUUAUAAACAAUAACAGCACGCUCACAGGAGCUUCCCCUUCUUCCUGACAGACUCUCCUUCAGUGGAACACCAGACAAUCAGGCGUUGGUUAUGUGCUUCUAUUUGUUUUGUGGGGCUUUUUCAUAUUUACAUAGGAGAUAAUUUUCUAGGAAAUAGAGGCACCAUGUACAUGAGCAGCGUGGGUUUGUUAUAAAAUGGAGGUGCUCCUUCCGGUUACUGAUAGGGCUUCGUUUGGAAAGCCCCUUUUGUUGUAUUUGAAAUCAAAACACACAAAGUCUGAGAACAGCCUUUCACUUGGAAAUGCAUUCAGGCUGUAGUGUUCCUGUGGAGCAACCUCUUCACCCUCUUUAAUGAUGCAGCUUUUAGUACGUCCUUGUAAUAACAUUUUGUCAUUUAAGAGCCGUUCUGAAAAGCCAGCAGCGACAAUAAGCACUUUCCACUUCCUAUCCUUUUAAGUAUUUGGCUCAAUCAAGAAGGAACUUAAGAAUUUAGAAGUUCAAGGAAGAAUGGCAGCUGGGAAGCCUGGUUUCACUUUGGAUGUGGCAGAUAAGGAGGCUCCAUGAGAUCUUCAACCCACUGAAGUAUUUCCAGGCAUCAGAACAAAAACCAUCCAGAGUAACAAAUGAAACUGGAAUGGCUCUGGGCUGAAUGAGCAGGCAAGGAGCAUGACUUGGUGGGACCCUGGAAGGGUCUCAUCCUCCAGAAGGAGCAACCCAUCUGUCCCACCUGCAAUGCUGGGAGCCAGGGACAUUUAACACCACCUCAGAUGGCUGCCUGCAGCCUGCCUCUGGGACUGUGCCUUCUGCUGCUUCUCCAGGACGUGCAGACAACCCCCCAGACAUCAUUAACUGCACCUCAUUCCUGUCAUGCACUAGAGGAUUGGUUCUAUGAUGAAACUUCCCAAAAGUGCUGUUACCAGUGUCCCUCAGGCUAUGCUAAAAAGAAAGCAUGUCCUCAGGAUCCAGCUGAAGACUGCAUGACAUGUGGACCUAAUCAAUACUUGAGCAAUAAAUUCCCAAAGCCACAAUGUGAUGCCUGUGUGCCAUGCCCAAAAGAGCUGGACCUUGUGGAGAAGCAGCCCUGCUCCCUGCACGCCGGGCGCGUGUGCGAGUGCCGCCCGGGGCUCUUCUGCCGCCUCUCUGUCCGGAACUCCUGCACUCGCUGCCAGCCCCACUCUGCCUGCAGGCCUGGCUUUGGAGUCAAAACCAGGGGCACCCCAACAAAUGAUGUCACUUGUGAGCAGUGUCCUCCUGGGACCUUCUCUGAUCAAAGCUCCAGCACAGACACCUGCAAACCCCACACCAACUGUGCCAAGCUGAACAAAGUAAUGCUAAGGAAAGGAAAUGCCACACAUGAUCAAGUUUGCCUGGACCAGUUGCCCACUUACCUCACCCCAAGCACUUUGUCUGUGAGAGUCAGCACGGAAAAAAAUAAAUCUGAGCAGAGGGUGAUUAAGGAGAGCCUGGUGACCUCUGCUAGUGGUGACCUUCUAAGUGUCACAACAGCUGAAAAUCCCACUAUAACUCCUACAGUGAAUGCUUCUACCUCAGCCAAGGGUGUAGUGCUUUGGGCAGUGGUUCUCUCUGUGACAGUGCUUCUUGGGGGCACGCUGAUAUUUUGGAAAUGGAAGGUUUGCAAGAAGCGGAUCCUCGUCCUCAGAAGGAAGCCACACCUGCAUUCGGUCAUCGCACACAAAUACGUGCUCAGAUCCCAAGGUUCAGAUCUCAUGAACAAAUGUGCAGUAAGUGUGAACAAUAUUCCAAAACAGAUCAUGUUCCAUGCCAAAAAGAUCAUACUGACCCCUGACACUGGGCUAGAAGAGGAGGAUUUAAUUGACAGAGCCCUUCCUUUGGAAACCAACAAUAACUUGGUUUCCAGCACAGAAAAAGCACAGAGUGCCCAUUGGGGUGUGACUGAUGUGACACCAAGCAGUGGGAAUGCCCCAGAUUGCUCUGUGGAUUCUCGAGUCAGAGACCACACAAAUAACAGAAUUGAAAAACUCUACAUCAUGAAGGCCGACACUGUUAUCGUGGGGUCUGUCUCAGAAGUGCCCAGUGGCAAGAACUGUGCUGUUAGAGGAUGUGAAAGCAAUCUUGAUGCCCAGGAAAGCUUGGAAGAGGAGCUGGAAAUGCACUACCCAGAGCAGGAAACAGAGUCUUUUCCAGGGAAUGAUGUAAUGGUUCCUGUGGAAGAGGAGGGGAAGGAAUUUCACCAUCCUACCACUGCCACUGAGAAGUGACAGCCCACAGGGAUAAUGUGACACUAAGGCUGAAUUUAUGACAAGAGAGGUAAACACACUGUGCCUUAGAUUAUUGGGAAGCUUCUGGAAAACGCUGAAACACAUUCAAACAAGGAGAGCUAGAAUCUAUUUCAUUUUCAUCUAACAAAUGAGAGGAUCAUCCAAACUGUUUGUCUUCAUAGCUGACAUCAAAGAUUUCUGUUUCCCUGUCUCCCAGUAUCAUACUGAAAACAAAUUUGAAUCAAAGCUAUGAAAUUUAGAGGACAUCUGGAUGUCAGCUGAAGUUUCACAGCUUGCUCUCACUGUGAAGUAAGGGAUUGAGAUCUAUGUCUGAUUACUUCUAUUAGCUGGGAAAAAUCUGGGCAGGAUUCUGAGUCAAGCUUGAGACUCAGCCAUGUUUCUUAUGUUGUUUCUGUUCCAAUACUUCCAAUUUUGUCAUGUAUUUUGCAACAUCUGGUAUUUUCUCAAGGCAUCAACUUUUGAUUGAAAAUCAUAAUAAUCUCAGUUAUCCUUAGCAUAAACAUAACUCUCAGGUUUGUGGACUUCAUGUUUCUUGAGGAAUUAGAAUCAAAAGGUGUCAUACAGACUCUGAAAAUAGAAGGCAAAUAAAACUAAUUGAUGUC